CUUCGGCCUCCCCCUCCUUUUCCAGGCCGGGGAUAUAAGCCCCUGCGGAGGAAAAGCAGGGAGCAGAGGCGCAGAGGAGGCCGCAGUACAGCCCUAGGGACUUCCCCUCGCUUUCCACCUGCUGCGCAUCUAGCUUCCCAAGCUGCCGCUAUGGUAACGGUGCGUAGGCCGUGGCCUGCCCUGGCCGCAGUGCUGCUGGUCCUGCUCGCCUGCCUGGGGACGCUGGUGGACGCCUAUCCCUCCAAGCCAGAAGCUCCAGGCGAAGACGCGUCCCCCGAGGAGCUGAGCCGCUACUACGCCUCCCUGCGCCACUACCUCAACCUGGUCACCCGGCAGAGGUAUGGGAAACGCGAGAGCUCAGAAGCCCUGCUGUCCAAACUGCUGUUCCCCGAUGGCGAGGAUCGUGGGGUCAGAUCGCGGUCAGAAGGUGCCUACCCGUGGUGAUGCUCCCCAAGGCCUCCCGGGAAACAUGCUAACUACACCUGCGUCUCUUGCAUAUUUGCUGCCAACCCUGGAACCUGGAUCUUUUCCCGCCAACUGCACGUUGGGAGCGGGGUGGGGAGGGGACCCUCUGCCCAUUGCUCCGUGUCCCUGUCCCCUGGGUUGGGGGGCUGCGUGUGGUCCUUCCCCAAUCCUACAAUAAAGAGCAAAUUUCACAGAACCGCA